UUUUCGCUUUAAUGCGGCCAGGUUUUUUACAAAACAACAGUAGUGGACAACAACAUUAUCAGCAAAAUAAAGAGCAAGCAAAAUCUUCCUCCGAACAUACAUCUUCACAUUAUUUUAAACAAAGAAAUGGGAGCGGACAAGGAGGAGGACAAGGGACACCUCCUCCGUCUGUUGUUCUCCUCUUGGAAGAAACAGGAACAAAUGGAGGGAUUAAGGGCAAUGCUGUUAAAGUUUCUGAGAGAAAAACAACAAACAAUCAAAACAGACGGGAUGUUAAUUCUUUAAGUCAAUCAAGUGCUUUAUUAACACGCAAUUUAUCUGUAGAUAUUCACUCACCAGAAAGAGAACCUUUAAUGCCCCCAGGACAACGAAUUAUUUCAACUACAAAUUCUUUUUCUUCAAGAUCGCCUUCUGCCUCUUCUUUGACUAGUACAGGGGGAGGUCUAUUAAUAACCAAUUCUCAUCAUUGUUCUCCAAACCCGUCACCACCCCCAACAUGUGUACAAACACCCCCUUCAUCAUCUAUAGUAAUUCAAUCUACUGGGAAAUACGGCACAGGUAACUCAACAAGAGUGCUACAAAGUGGAGGUUCUGGUUCAGUUUCAGUGGCUAGGAUGAUGUCUUCUUUAUUAAAACAACAAAAUAGUAUAGCUGAAGAAGAACCUGAAAACUCUAGUUUUGAAGAAAAAGAAGAAAAACAACAAAAUUUAAUUCAACAAAAUUUACAACAAAUAAUUGAAGAUAAUACAAUUCUUCAAAAACACCAACAAAUAAUUAACAUUGAUGAACAACAACAACAACAACAAAAAAAUCAACAACAAAAAUGUUGGUUAGCACCACCAGAUCAUACACUUUUGGGAGGUAAUAUUUCACCCCCGCCAACUCGUAUUCAUCCUGUACAAGAUCCAGAAAUGAGAAAAGAAUUUAAUGAUAAAGUUUCAACAAAUGAUUUUAUACAACAACAAAAGCAAAUUGAAAGACAACAACAAAAUACUCAACAAUCAGGUGAACUUGGUAGACAUUUGGUUGCUUUGGCAACGACAGUUGCAGCGGGACCAGCCUCACCUAGCGCUUCUAUAAUUAAUCACCAUUACCAACAUCAACAAGGGGCAAACGAAUAUCAAAAUUCAACAAAAGAUUCAAACACUUCUAAAGGUUGGUAUCGCCAACAAAGUCAGCCUUGGUCAGCUCGAGGGGCAACAUCAAAACACCGAAAAGGAUCCUUAUCUCCAAAUAAUUCUUUGCGAUAUUCAACAUUAAUGGCUGCUGCAACACGGCGAAAUAACUUCCAGCAACAAAGGACUACUAGUGAGGCAACACCAGCGCAAAGAGAUCAGCUUAUGAGUGACGUCCUUGGGCAUGGCAUUCGCGAUCAGUGUGUCUGUGCAAGCGUGUCUGCUCCCUCACCGCGUUUGGUCGCCUCAAACAUAGCGACUGACCAAAUUGGUGAAAACAACAUUAUUAAUACAGAUAGUCACCACAGUAGUUGCUGUUCUUCUUCUAUUCCUUCCCAUCAUUCUCGUCGUUGUCCUCUUCGAUUCGAAUUAGGCGGAGGUGAUUCCUCUGCUUCUUCUCUCAAUGGAGGUGGUGGAGGUGUUCAUACCCAAAACGACCAGUGCUGUUCUCAAUGUUCUUCUGCCAAUUCUCUUCACCGAGCUGGAAGUAUUAGACAAAAGUGUGUCCCUCGAGGAAGGCUAAACACUGUAGACAGAUGCAGUGGGGCUGACAGUACUAACGUUGUUUCCGGAAAUGGAGGGAGUGGUGGUUCACUUCCUCGCUUAGUAACGUUCAUUCCAUCAGCAUUUCCACCUGCUUCUGCAAUGCUGAGCAGUGAGAUAUCCCCUCAACAAUCUCCUUCUCAACUUCAACAUAGUCAGCUUACUCAACUUUUACAACGAACUUAUGAUCAACGAAAUCGUACUCAAAGUGGAGGAGGAAAAAGGCGAAGAAAUGAAGAAGAAAAAUUCUUAAAUCAUCAUCCUCCUCUUCUUCCUCAAAGGCCGAUUUCUGACAGUUUUGGAAGUAUUGGAAGUAAUAAAAUAGCUCCAACAUCUCCUCCACCUUUUUCUUCUUCACCCCAAUCUACUCUAUUCCCUCCAAAUGUUGUUAAUAAUAACAAAAAAGGAGAUCCAACUCGUUUUAAUUUUGCUUCAACAAAACAACGUUCAAGUAGUGAGAUGGCUUUUAGUAAUAUUCCAAAAUUAACGUUAUUACCUGGAAGUAGUGAUAGUCAACAAUUACAAGGAUGUCAAUGUUGUGCUUGCCGCAGACUUUCUAAUGAUUUACAACAACAAAGGGCCAGUUUUGGACAAGAAUCUGUUCCUCUUUUAUCCACAGGAUUAUUAAAAAAUAAAAAUUUGCCUCAAAUUUCUUCAAAUUGUUCAACAUUGAGAAGGCCAGAAUCUAUGUCUGCCUUGGGAAAUUCACAUUCUGAACAUAGACGUUGUUCGUCUUUAGCACAUCAAGAAAGGGAACAAGCUAUUUUACAAAAAAUUUUAGGCCCAACAGGAUUGGGCUGGUUAAAGAGAGAUCCUUUACUGAAGAAAUCCCUUUCAUUAAUUUUUAAUGAUGGCGAUAUCGAAUCUCAAAGACCUGGUGCUGUUUCUGCCAUUGGCGGUUUUGGUGGUGGUGGUGGGCUUUCUGCCCCACCUGGACCUCCAACAAAUAAUAGCGAAAGAGGAGGAGGUCCAGGAAGCGUUUUAGAUGAAUCUAUAAAUUGUUCUGUUAAACAACCUUUAGUUAAAGAAAAAGAACGUGGUGGAAGGUUUAUUAAACGGCAACAAUUAUUUAAUAAAAGACGGGUUACUUCUGAUUAUGCUCUUUUCUUUUCAUUAUUUGGAAUUGUUUUGAUGAUAAUUGAAAAUGAAUUUGCCUAUCUUCAUUAUUUUAUGAUUUGUACAGCAUUUAAAACUGUUAUUUUAUUAAGUACAAUUAUUCUUGUUGGAUUAGUUGUUAAAUAUCAUGUUCAUGAAAUUCAACUAUUUAUGAAUGCAAAUAGUGCAGAAGAUUGGCAAAUUGCUUUAACAUGUCGCAAAAGUAUGCAAAUAAUUAUUGAAGUUGUUGCCUGUGCUAUUUGCCCUUUACCUGUUCAGUUAGAUGGAAAUUUUUGGCCAACGGUUCCAAAACGUAUGCCAUUAGAUGUACUUUUUUCUAUUUUAAUGUUUUUCCGUCUUUAUUGGCUUUGUCGUGUAAUGCUUUUACAUUCAAGACUUUUUACUGAUGCUGCCUCUCGUUCAAUUGCUGGGUUAAAUAGAGUCAAAACAGAUGCCAAAUUUAUUUUAAAAACUUUAAUGACUAUUUGUCCUGGAACUGUUUUAAUGUUGUUUACAGCCUCUUUAUGGAUGAUUGGGGGUUAUAUUUUAAGAUUAUGUGAAAGGCAUAAUUCAAUUGAAGAUCCAACAUUAAAUUUUCAUGCAGAAAAACAUCAAAGUUAUUUAAAUUCACUUUGGCUCGUUGCUGUUACUUUUUUAAGUAUUGGAUAUGGUGAUAUAGUUCCAAAUACACAAUGUGGAAGGAUAAUGGCCGUUGUAACGGGGAUUUUGGGUACUUGUACUUCUUCUAUGGUGGUUGCUGUAAUUGCUAGAAAAUUAGAAUUAACUAGAGCAGAAAAACAUGUCCACAAUUUUAUGAUUGAAACACAACAUACAAAAGAAAUGAAACAUAUUGCUGCAAAUGUUUUGAGAGAAACUUGGCUAAUUUAUAAAAAUCGUCGUCUUGUUGAUAAAAUCGAACCAAGUCGCAUCCGUUACCAUCAAAGAAAAUUCCUCGUUGCUAUUUGUGCAUUAAGAAAGCUAAAAACCAGUCAACGAAAAUUGGAUGAAAAUAGAGUAUCUUUGGGGGAUGUUGCUAAAACAACUGCGCAUUCCCACGAUUUAAUGAGGGAUGUACAUACUACACAGGAAGGAAUGGCUCUUCGUAUUACAGCUGUUGAACAUCAACUUUCUGACAUUCAACGUGAAUUAACUAGUUUAUCAGAACUUCUAAGAUUUGCUCUUCGCCCACAAAUAGAAUAUAGUUGUCCACAGCAAUUUCAACAUUAUGACCAAAAUCAACAAGAACAUCCAUCUUCUAUGAUUACUUUAUCUACAACAACACAUAUACCUAAUAACGGCCAACAAAAUGCUGUUGAAACUCGGCAAAGGAGAAAGCCUUCAGCACUUUCUGAACCUAUUACCUAA